AUGUUUUCCGCUCGCGAGAGGAGGAAUUACGGUCAGGUGGAGGUUCAUAACGACCCCAAGCGCAGAUACCCAUACAGGCUCAACUUCUACGACCGCCCGCCAUUGGAGGACGUGACGAUUGAAGAGUUCGAGACAUUCGCUCUCGACAGACUUCGCGUCCUUGCUGGGAUAGAAUCCUCGUUCGUACGCAAUCGGACGUACGAUGAACUCAAGAGCGUCACGAGCGCGCACUGUAAGAAGUAUUUGCCUUUGGCGGCCAACACGGCGAAGUCGGUUGACACGGAUGCGGAGCGGAGAAAAGAUCACAUCGGACACUUCGUGUUAAGGCUGGCGUUCUGCAGAUCGGAGGAGCUACGAAGACGGUUCUUGAAGGCUGAGACCACGCUCUUCAGAGUUCGCUUCGACGAAGAUGACAGUAAAGAACGCGAGAGUUUUUUGAAAACCAAGGAGAUGAACUGGAUUGACGUCACCGACGAGGAGAAGUCAAUGUACAGGGAUCAGCUGAUGGCUGCUUGCGACUUCACAAAGGAGAAACUCGCGGCGGAGCGUUUUGUAAAGGUACGAUGGACUCGCGUCCCCGAUUUGGUGGAGAAGCGGCGGGUAUUCCUCAAGCAGGGAAUGGCAUGGGUCCCCAGUUCUCAGCAGUCUAGCAUCGUGUUCCAAGCUUUCCAGUCUUCGCUCGAGGAAGCUCUCAAAGCGACCUCGAAACACUUCUCCCGCUUGGAUGAAGACACGCGUAUCGUGCCCCUCCUCGACAACUUGUCGCGCGGCUUCCUCGCCGGUGUUCCCUCGGAAUGGUCCGACGCGACCUCAAACCCAUCUGGAGACGAGAUCAAGGCCGAGAUGGUUGACGACCUCGCAAGGAAAUAUUUCCCUAUGUGCAUGCGGCACUUGCACGAUGAGCUCAAGAAGGACAGGCAUCUCAAGCACUUCGGACGUUUGCAGUAUGGGCUGUUCCUGAAGGUACUCGGGUUGUCCAUAGACGAGGCCAUCACGUUCUGGCGGCGGUCCUUCAGUAACAUGACGGACGACAAGUUUAACAAAGAGUACAAAUAUAACAUCAGGCACUCCUACGGUCUCGAGGGCAAACGCGCUAACUACCCCGCCAAAAGUUGCCUCCAAAUUCUCCAAUCCCAACCCUCCUCCCAAGAUUCGCACGGAUGUCCGUACCGGCACUUCUCCCCGGACAACCUUCAGGCGGCACUCCUCGCUGCCUACCAGACCCAAGGCCUGUCGACAUCCGACAUGCCUGAGAUCAUGCAUGCCGUCAAGUCGGGCCACUAUCACGUCGCGUGCACGCGCGUAUUCGAGAUAACGCAUGCAGCGGUAGGCAUCAAGAAGGGAGAAGGUGUUGGUGGUGGCGAAAGCGUAACGCAUCCCAACGAGUACGCGGCACGAAGCAGGGAGCUGGAGAAAGCUAAGGCGAAGGAGGCAGAGGAGAUCAUGCUAGUAGAGUGA